AUGAAGAAAUGCCCAUUAUUGCUUGAAAAGGAUUUGAAAAAGCAAGGCAGAGGAGCCUAUGAUUUUCGAGUUGAGCAAGAAUCAAAUGUGGUUGCAGUUCGCUGGUAUGAUAACAAACCAGUUAAUUUAGUUUCUUCAUAUGUAAGCAUUGAACCACUUCACACUGUUCGGAGAUAUGAUCGUUCGUUAAAAAAAAAGAUUGAUGUAAAACAGCCCAACAUUGUUCAUGUAUAUAACCAUUACAUGGGGGGCAUAGAUAAGUUGGAUAUGAUGUGUGCGUUAUACAAGCCAAGAUUAAGAACACGAAGAUGGUACAUUUAUAUUUGGUUUCAUACGAAUCAAAUUGCUGUUGGUUAUGCAUGGUUUUAG